AUGUAUUUAAACGAGGCAGAAGACGAGAAUGACGGGGCGGGGAAUGACAUGGGCAUGGAGAGAGUGUUUGAGGAGCUCAAUACAUUAAAGGGGACCGUAGAUGCCCUGGAGACACGCCUUAAAGAGACAGUGGACAGUGCUCUGAGCAGAGAGGAGGGGCUAAGAGCGGCAAUGGAUGUGAUGGCAGGAGAAUUCAAAAAGUAUGUGGAUGGAAAGCUACAGCGUUUUGAUGAAGUUGUCACAGACUGUCUAUUACGCAGGGACCAGAGGUGGACGGAGGAAUUAAAAAGGAUCCAAUCGAAGUCCCGGAUGUCCUGGGGACCCGUUAGUUAUUCUACGCCUUCCAUCCCUGCACAUUCUUCACACCGGCGACUAAGCGCAGACGAGACCUGUCCCACAGUACCACCAGCCGCAGCCAGACCCCCCAUUAGAAUGGAGUUUCCUCAGUUCGGAGAGUCGCGAAAUUCUUCUGACGUCACGGACUUUGUUGAGCAGUGUGAGAACUUUUUAACCCUCAGACCACUGAGUGACAUAGAGCUGAUGGGAACGCUCAACACAGUUUUAAAGGGCCCUGCACGCAGUUGGUGGUUGGCCGCCCGCAGUAAAAUCAGCAACUGGACGAACUUUAGGAAGUCCUUCCUAGAGGCGUUCUUACCCAUGGACUAUCAGGCGGAGAUUGAGGAUCAGCUCAGGACCAAUGUGCAGGCCCCAGGCCAAUGCCUGAGAGAUUUUGCGUACGACCAUCGAGCUCUCUGUCUAAAGUGGAGACCAGAUAUGACGGAGGCAGACAUGGUGCGUCGCAUCCUCAAUGCUUGUAACCCUAGGCUGGCUAGCGGGCUGCGAGGCACAGUUACCACCGUUGAACAGCUGGUGAAGGUGGGCUCUCUUAUUGAGAAAGACUGGAGCAACACAAAGGACUAUUGGAGCAGAGUUCAGCAGUCACAUCCUCCUAAAAGGGUGGGCAAAAAGAACGACCAUGGUCCAAACCGGAGCUCCGGUGGCGACGUCGCUACAGCUUUGGGCGAGCCGUCUCUCCUUGUCAUGCCGGUCUACCUUCGCGGUUCCAAAGGCGAUGCGGUACUCGAUUCGGGAUGCACUUACUCCCUCAUGAGCCACUCACUAUGGAAGGCCAUCAAGAAGGGCGGAGAGAUUCUAGCGUCGAGUGAAAUCCCAAAGUUCGUAAUGGCCAAUGGUCAAGAGAACAAGGCUCUUGGGAAAGCCACCUUGCUCUUUUGUCUCCACGAUUUCCAUGGCAUGCUCGGAGUCCACGUUCUUGCUGACGACAACCUCUGCAUGCCACUUCUCUUGGGACUCGACUUUAUGUCCAUGUGCCAAGUAACUCUGAAGCCACAUUGUAGACGUUACAUAAUGCCGGGUGGCAAAGAGUACGCGUUUCUCCCCAAAGUAAGAGCAACGCUGCACUGGAGUCACAAGCCACCUUCAGUGAACUUUUACGUUGCCGAACAAACCCACACUGUCAUUCCCCUCCUGCAGGCUCAGCCAGAGGUGGUGCGGCCACUGCUGCAGAAGUGGUCCAAUGUCUGGACUGAGGCUACUGGAGCCACACAAGUUAUAAAGCACAAGAUAACAACCACCGAUGAAGUACCAGUGCGGAAAAGAGCCUACCGAGUAUCGGCCCAUAAGCAAGCUGUUAUCGAAGAACAAGUCCAAAAAAUGCUUGACAAUGGGGUCAUCGAGCCAUCCGCAUCCCCUUGGAGAUUGCUAAGGCCCAAGAGGCGGACCCUUCCUGUCAAGAGCUCGGGCCGUCUGACCGCCAAGCAAGCCCGGGUCGCAUCCAUUACCAACUCCAACAGGACGUGUGGUACAGAGGCGUACCUUCCAAAUGACAUCACUGACUCCCAAGGAGUUUAG